AUGAACCCUCCCGAGAUAUUGCAAUCCGAGCCACCCGACUCUGAUGAUCAAGAGACCACAACCCGUCCUUUGAAUGAGGCAGAGGAGGUCGCUGCCAGAUUGGGUGUGAAACCGACGAACUCUUCGGCCAGUCCUCGCCAACGCCAACGAGCCUACUACUGGUUUCGUCGACUCCUCACUGUGGCACAGUUGUUCGAUCCCAUUCCAAUUCCCAACUCGUUUGUCAACUAUCAGUGUGUUUGGUGGAAGGCCAUUUCUGGUAAUGACAAAACGUCGGUCCUCCAAGACCACGGACUGGCGUAUGACUUGCUUCCACCUGUUACUCGAUGGGCGGUGGCAUCCCCACUGGCACCUCUCUAUCCUCGCUUCCAUCAUGGAAAUGUAGAGCUGCGGACGAAAUACUUGGAUACGGCCGUGGACCAAAUCAUUCAGACUGCCCAACAACAGCAAACGAAGAAGCAGAUUCGAUUGGUUCUCAUGGGAGGCGGCUAUGAUCUACGGUCUCUUCGCAUGGCGCAACUAUAUCCAGACUUGAUACUGGAUCUGGUAGAGAUGGAUUUGCCACACGUGGUCGAUGCCAAGAAGAAACUGUUUCAUCACCGACUGCUACGACGACGUCCCGAACUGUCGACACUGGUCAAGUCAUUGCGGUUGCUUGCCGUGGACUUGAACGACCUACAACAAGUUCAGGCCGCAUUACUCGAAACCGUUCUUGUGGAUGAUGGCGGCGAUUGGUUCACCGUCUUUGUCUUUGAAGCGGUACUGAUUUACCUCGACAAGGGCAUUCCCAGCCAACUCUUUGCGACAAUCAGCAGUGCUUUGAGAAAUAACAACCAACUCGGAGGGGCCUUGUGCUUUGCCGAUACAUUAUCCAAUGUAGAGGAUGGCAAUGAAGCGCAGGCAAAAGAGGAACUGAAACAGAAUGGUUGGGACUUGCAGGAUUGGAUCACCAAGCCGGGCAGGACAAAACAUUUGGGUUGGGCUCUGCUAUCUUCCGAGACAACCGAUCACGAGAAAACACAUCAGUAA